AUGGCAUCGCAAGAGAACCCCAAUGCCCCGCCGGCGGCAGCAACCGAUGCCGUCCUCGUCGUCUCGGAGGAAAUGCCCGAGGGCGCCCAAAAGGUCGAGGAGUUGGACUUUGACGAUAUCAAGGGACCCAUCACCGCCGAGAGCCUGUACAAUGGCAUGAGAUUCAUGGGCUUCCAAGCCUCGAAUUUGACAGAAUCCAUCCGGAUCAUCAAUGACAUGAGAGCCUGGCGAGACCCAGAAACCGGUGACAAGACCACCAUCUUCCUAGGCUACACCUCCAACCUAAUCUCCUCCGGCAUGCGAGGCGUCUUCCGGUGGCUCGUCAAGCACAAGCACGUCUCCGCCAUCGUGACCACCGCCGGCGGCGUCGAGGAGGACUUUAUCAAGUGCCUCGGCGACACCUACAUGUCCUCCUUCAGCGCCGACGGCGAGGGCCUGCGCAAAAAGGGCCAGAACCGCAUCGGCAACCUCGUCGUGCCCAACUCGAAUUACCGCGCGUUCGAGGACUGGGUCGUGCCCAUCUUUGACAAGAUGUACGAGGAGCAGGAGGCCAGUAAGGGCACCGACGACGAGAUCAACUGGACGCCCUCCAAGAUGAUCCACCGCCUCGGCAAGGAGAUCAACGACGAGCGCUCCGUCUACUACUGGGCGUGGAAGAACGAUAUCCCCGUCUUUUGCCCCGCGCUCACGGACGGGAGCUUGGGGGAUAUGCUGUAUUUCCACACCUUCAAGACGUCGCCUGGUCAGCUCAAGUGCGAUAUCGUCGAGGAUAUCCGCAAGAUCAACACCAUGUCGGUGCGCGCCAAGAGGGCGGGUAUGAUUAUUUUGGGUGGCGGCGUCAUCAAGCAUCACAUUGCGAACGCUUGCCUGAUGCGCAACGGCGCCGAGUCGGCCGUGUACAUCAACACUGGCCAGGAGUUUGACGGAAGUGAUGCGGGCGCCAGGCCGGACGAGGCCGUUUCCUGGGGCAAGAUCAAGAUUGGCGCCGAUGCUGUCAAGGUCUAUGCGGACGCCACUUUGGUAUUCCCAUUCAUUGUUGCAAAUACUUUUGCCAAAGACAAAUCAUCAUAG